GGUCAGCUCUGGCAAGAUGGCGGCCCCCUUGGAGCUCAGUUGCUGGGGAGGCGGCUGGGGGCUCCCAUCGGUGCACAGCGAGUCUCUAGUGGUGAUGGCUUAUGCCAAAUUUUCUGGUGCACCCUUAAAAGUCAAUGUCAUUGAUAACACCUGGAGAGGUUCAAGAGGAGAUGUACCAAUUUUGACAACUGAAGACAACAUUGUUUGUCAACCGGCAAAAAUACUAAACUUUUUAAGAAAACAGAAAUAUAAUGCUGAUUAUGAACUCUCAGCAAAACAAGGGGCAGAUACACUGGCUUACAUUGCUCUCCUUGAAGAGAAACUUCUUCCUGCAGUGCUUCACACGUUUUGGGUUGAGAAUGACAAUUACUUCACUGUGACAAAGCCAUGGUUUGCUUCACGAAUUCCUUUUCCCUUGAGUUUGAUCCUGCCUGGAAGAAUGUCUAAGGGAGCACUUAACAGGAUUCUCCUGACCAGAGGUGCGCCUCCCCUCUACCAGCUUCGAGAAGUAGAAGCACAGAUAUACAGAGAUGCCAAGGAGUGCCUAAAUCUUCUGUCAAAUAGAUUGGGAACAUCUCAGUUUUUCUUUGGGGAUACGCCUUCUACUUUGGAUGCCUAUGUUUUUGGUUUUCUUGCACCUCUUUAUAAAGUACACUUUCCCAAAGUUCAGUUACAAGAACAUUUGAAACAGCUCUCCAACCUGUGUCGCUUUUGUGAUGACAUCUUAAGCAGUUAUUUUAGGCAUAGUCUUGGAGGCAUCUCUCCUGCUGGACAAGAGACAGUAGAUGCAAAUCUACAGAAACUCACACAACUCGUAAAUAAGGAAUCCAACUUGAUUGAAAAGAUGGAUGAUAAUCUUCGUCAAAGCCCUCAGCUUCCUCCUCGGAAACUGCCAACACUUAAACUGACUCCAGCAGAAGAAGAAAGUAAUUCUUUACAACGAUUAUCACCCUGACAUGCUUUGUGUCCAAAGUCAUGUGAUUGUUGCAGUAGUCUCUUAUACUAAGUGUUGUGGAGGCAAAAAGAAAAUGCCAUUAAGAGGUAUGAAGAAGACUCCUAAAACAAAAGAAACUUUCUACAAUCUCUAUUUUUUUUAAUUAGGAAACUUGUAUUUUAGCUUGGCAAUGCACUUUAAAUAACAUCAAAUUGAAUGCUAAAUGAAUCUGGGGAAAAAGGAAAACACUGUACUGUAUAUAUAAAAAAAAAAAACCUGCCUUAAUUUUGGCAGAUUUUUGCCUCUGGUUCACAUGUUGCUGACCAAAACUAUAAUUCUGUUGUGAAUGUGUACUCUUAAUUUAUUCAUGUUGAUGUAUUAAUUUCAUUUUCUUAGGUCAGUAUUAAUAUCUAAUUUUUGGCUCUUUGGCUGAGGCUUCUUUCUUCAGUUUAGAAAUAUGAUGCCUACAUUAGAAAUUAGAAUAAUUAUAAAUUAAUAGAAAAGUUGGCAUUUAACUUUAAAAAGCAGUGAGGAAUGUGCUUUUUUAAUUAUGCUGUCAUAAAUCUAAUCUUUCAGGGUUUAGUACCAUAUAUAAAGGUGUCAUAUUAAUCUGAUUAUAUGUACUUCAAUGUAACACUAAUAUUUGCUGAUGUGUUCAAUAUAGUUAGCAAGGGCUCUUUUAGUUUAUUGGAUGACUAUGGCAGCUUUAGACCUCUGAUGUAUAGUACAACUUUAACUUUAGUCAUUUUUUUUCCUUGGACUGAUUGCAGGAGAAAUGAAUGUGUUGGUCAUCACUAUUAUACUAGGCUGUAAAGUCUUAUUGAACCUUGCCCAAUUGUUAGCUAAUACUCAGGAGAAGCCCCACUACCAGAGUAACAGAAGUACCCACUGUGUCUGGUCUAGGUCAUUAUGCUUAGUUCAGACCAGUAUUUAUUCUUAAAGCGCAUAUGUAGUCAAAGGUUCUAUGACAACUUAUAAUCUUCCAUAUAGUUUAUAGUUGAAGGGCCCAAAGGAAUAAUCAGAAAUAGCAGAUAUUAAAGACUAAUUUCUAACAGUUGUUAAAUGGUUAAAGGAUUUUACUUAUUGUAUAAUAGAAUCUUGCUUAUUUUAGUAGCUGAGGUGCUUCUGUUGUCCUAAAACAGCUUCUGGGGUUUUCAAAAUACAGGACCAUGUUUUUGAUUAGUGUCUUAAAAGAUUACUAUGGUGCUCAGAAACCCCCAUGUUAAGAAAAGAACCUCAUCUUAUAUGAGCCGAGUGGAGCUCAGUUGUGUUUGACUUGCAUCUCCCAAUAUGUCCUGUAUUUAGAUAGCUAUUUAAACAGUGAUCUUUAAGUCAAUAUGAGUAUUUUUUCCUUGGAAGUUUUAAUUAAAUGAGAAAAAAGGUAGUCUUCAUAAUCAUGAUGUGUUCAUGAGUUGGGAUGCAUUUAGGGAAAAUUCCUAAUGAGUUUCACAUUACUUCUACAAAUGGUGAGGGAAGAGAGAGAGUUAAUUUUGCAUUAAUCUUUAAAAGCAGGUUAUUAGUUUCCAGCAAUCUGAAAUCUGUGAGUAUUUUAUAGUGAAAAUCAUGACCAUGGGACUUUAUUGUUCUCUAGAAUUUAUGUAUAUUGCAGAAGGGUGGUUAACCCAUUAGUUAGAUAUGUUUGUCCUAGUCAGCUUAGUCAUUUUCAAUUAUGAUUUAUUGUAAACCUUCCAAAAAGCAAAGGAAUGGCUCACAGUUGUAAAAUAGGACAAUUACAAUUAGUUUUUUUGGAAAACAAAAAAAUUGUAGGAGAAAGAGCAAUAGCAACCUUAUUAUGCACAGUGUAUAAUUGAAGGGCAAAUGUAACUCCAUGUUUCUUCUUGGGUAAAGUCAAAAGUUAAAAAUUACUGUAUAAGUUUUCUGCCAGUAAAACUACUAAUACCCAUGAGUAAGAAAAAUCUGGGAAAUCACAUUCCUAGGACAUACAGAUAUCAGCCAGUAAGUAGAAUGUAAUGUUUCAGGUGUUGAAAGUUUAAUCAGAAGUUAUUUUAGAAUAACAAGCAUUUGUCCUUUUAGUAGAGAGGGCAACUGUAAAUAUAAUUUGCUUUUGAUCAUUCCUGCUUUGAAUUCCCGUUAGUCUUACAGUACAUAGGUCAUGAUAUUUUCAGACUACCUUUUCCUAAGAUGUAAAAUGUGGUUUAGAUAAGUGAGAAUUUAUAUGUUGGGGUACUUAGUAGAGCUUUUUUGAUAUAUCCCAAUAAGAUGCUAGGAAGCAAUAUCUGAGCACAGACCACGCUAGGGACCAGCGACACAGACAGAAACCCUUGGAAAAGAACAAUUUUUCAGAUUGGGCAGAGACCUUAUAAUCAGCUUGUCAGGUAGGUUUUGGAUAAAGCUUGAAUUUGCCGAGUGAGAUAAGUGGUCCAUAAUCUUAAAGUACUUGGAGGUGAUGGCGGAGGAUAAUGUGAUAGAAAGGAAUAUGUGUUUAUAUUUGUUGGUAGUAUAGGAUUAGAAAAUUGAUCAGAUAAUCCCCAUAAAAGAUCCUCAUCAUCAGUUAUUCAUAAAAGUAGGCAUUCUCAUGACAUAAAGAAACUAAAGAACAGAGGAUAGGCAUUGCUUCACAGUGGUUCCCCCCUCCCUCCCCCACUACAAAUGUUGGCAUUGACAAACAAAUCAAAUUUCAACUUAAAUAAGUCUGUAUUAAUAUUUGACUAUUAGAGAGUUUACAUUAAGUCCAAAGCAUAUUGAUUUCCAUUUGUAAUUUCUGUCAUUUAAAAUAUUGCUAGAUAUAUUAACAUGAAGAAAUGGGAACACUUAUUUUAGUCAGCUAAGUUACUUUCAGGAGUCUGCAAAAAUGGAAACAAUUUAGUCAUCAAAAGAGGCAGGAAUUGGUAAUAAUGACAUCUUAGAAUAGCAAUUGUUCAAGGUGGCUUCAUGUGAUAAAAAUGGUAUUUGAAGUUGGUAGUAUGUUUUCUGAGAGCCUCUUCCAAGGAUAUAUAUUUAGAUUCUUUUAUAGUUUUCAUAAACCAAACAUUUUAACCCUUUAAAACCAAACUCUGAAUGCUUAAAGACAGGAAGCUCACUGAUAGUACAUAGGAUCUCUCCGUACUCUCUUUUGCUACUUCUGUGGGUUUGUAAUUAUCUUAAAAUAAAAAAGAUCUUAAAAAGGAAAUUUAAUAAAGUACAUGUAUUAUUGUGUAUUAAAUUAGAAUUUAAAAUAUAACACUCCAAAGAUAAUAUUUAGUAUUCAGUUCCAGAUGAAUAAAUACAUAAGAAAAAUAUAAUUUAUUUCAUUUUUGAAUUUAAAGAAAAAAUUAAACUCAUGUUUGUAAUGAAUUAUAAUGUAAAGACCUUUUGCCUUAUCCAAAAAGAAGAACAAUUUAUCACCAAGAAUCCUUUUCCCUAGAAUAUCAGACAAGAUCAUAGGCUUCCCUAGGAUAUCAAAAAUUCUGAUCAUUCAGAAAUUUGCUGUUAGAUGAACUAAAGGUUGAAAAUCCAACUAUUCUUAAAGAUUUGAUUGAGGCUUCAUUCGAUUUUAGAAAUGGUGAUUUUCACAGAAAUGUAAAGAUAAGUUUUGUUAAAGGGUUUGCAAAAAGACAGUGUACCCCAAAACAAACUUGCUAGGAUAUAGAGUUUGUUAAGAGCCCAGGUUACCUGUCCUAGACUCUCAGAAUCAAAGUAGAUAUUGAAAUUAUUUGUUCCAGGCCAAUGACUACUAGUGAGAAUUAAUAUUACUGAACAAUGAUAUAAGAAGGACGUUUAACUGUAUUUUUAUAAAUAGAGAGGGGGAAUGCUAUAAUGGAAGACUAUUCAGAACAAAACAAACUAGUUUCUUUAAAAACAUAGGAAGGUGAGUCUUUUUGUAGCUUCAUUAUUUCUAAUUUUUCGUCAUUAAUACUAUAAGCUUUUAAAAACAUCUUUUAGCUCCUAAAGGCAGAAUGUAUUAUUAAAUGACUAGAAGGUUCUGUGGCCAAAUAAAUUCUGGAAAUGCUGGGUUAGAAACAAUUAAGGGUCUGUAUUUUAUAUACCAUUUCCCUGGUUUAUUUUAAUGUGUGUAUGUUUUUAAAAGUAGGUGGAAAUUGUGUUCUGAGAAAUACACAUAGGGAAAUAACUGCCUUAAGGUGUUUUUACUUGUUUGACUCAUUGCAAAGGUUUGUUAUUGAUGGGUUCCUUUUCAGUGGGCAGUGAUAAAAUGGAAACACAGGUGAGGACCCCUGGACCAUGGAGUUGAGAGAGUAGUGGCUACAAGUUUAGGAUACUGGAUUCUUAGACACAUGUGAGGUUCCUGGUCUGUCUAGCCCCUUUCCCUUAAAUAACAGUUGGCCUGAAAUAGCUGUAUAUGGGUAUGAGCUAGUGUUUUUAGAAAACUAACCAGUUCCAUGAGAAAAAGGGAACCAACUUGUACUCCGGAACAAUUUUCUCAACCCUUUAUGGCUUUAAAAGUGCCAAAAAGACAAUGGGUAUUUAUAGAAUUAAAGUCACAUACAAGCUAGUCAAUUUGGAUGGAUGGAUGGAUGGAUGCAGAAGUUUACAGUUGUUGCAGUGACAGCAGAGGAAGUUUAACAUUUUUUGUUAUAUUACUGAAGAUGUGGUCUAAACAAGGGUUGUAUGUUUCUUUGCAUUUUCUAGGAUGAAGGUUUAGUUUUCAUUAGAAGUCCAUAUCCUAAAUUAUUUAAACCUCACUAGACCUCCAAAUUUCAGAGGACUAAGUAUGUUUGAUUUCAUUUCAGAGCAUAAAAUCAGAUCACUAAUCAGGCAUAUGGAUGCUUUUCAUUUGUUUUCCUCAAUGUGUACAGUUGCAGAUUGGGAACUCCACAUUUUAUAUGUGUAUUUGAUGGAAAGUUUGCCUUGCAGUUUUGAUUUGUGUGUAAUGGUGAACAUCUAGCCACGUGAGAAGCAGUUGGAUCUUUGUUCUGAUUCUUUAGUUUUCCUCAUGCAAAUUUAGAGAUACGCCUUUUAAUCAUUUAGUUUACACCCAGAUCACAUUGGAAAUCAAGAAAAAUGACUUGCCAGAGUUUGCAUCAGGUCUCAGUGACUCAUGCAUUAUAGAGAAGGUUAUACUGACCACUCGUUUUUUGGACCAUUGACUAAUUUUCCUUGUACUUCUGGUGUCUUUAUCUCUUGGAGAGAGUGGGGUGUACUCAAGCUUUUAUGUUAAAUACAUAAGGAAAAGCUUUAUUCCUCAUCUAACUCAAUGUUUUAUUUUGUAAACUAGGAAAUAAUGUUUUUUCCUGUUUUCUGUUCAUCUUAAAGUAGCAACUGGAAUUGUUUCUAAUGUAACUUUAGCUUUCUGGAAAAUUGACAGUAAAGAAGAUAAAUAAUAUAUGUAUACAUAUACUGGUUUUGUCCCAGUGUGCAAAUACUAGGUUUUGCUAUAAAGUAAACAAUCUUCAAAAUAAGCAAUGUUAGUCUUAAUUUCAAUAUUCUAGCCUUGCCUACUGGGAAUAUAUUUUACUAAGAGACUGUGUAUAGAUACCCAGAAGUGGUGUUAAUGAUCACUGUUGUAAAGAAUUUAUUCUGAUAAAUGGGAAACUGGAUAUAAAUCAAAAUAGCUAUUUUCACAAUAAAAUUUCAAAUUGCCUGAAUGUUU